AUGAUUGAUGUGCUUGAAAUUGUUGAGGAAGAUGGCAUAAGUUUAGACCAAAGAGGAGAAUCAUGUGCUUUGUUGAAUUUGAUGCAAUCUUUUGAAUUUGUUUUUAUCUUGCACAUGAUGAAGAACAUUUUAGGGAAUACUGAUGAAUUAUCUAAAGCAUUACAAAGAAGUGAUCAAGACAUUGUAAAUGCUAUGAAGUUAGUUAUUGUGUCAAAGCAAAGGUUGCAAGUUAUGAGGGAUAAUGCUUGGCAUUCUUUGCUUGAUGGGGUUUCAUUAUUUUGUGAAAAACACAAUGUUGUCAUUCCUAAUAUGAAUGAUACAUUUCAAACACAAGGAAGAUCAAGGCGCAACUUGGAGAAAGUUUCUAAUUUGCAUCAUUUUCAAGUUGAAUUAUUUUACCAAGUGACUGAUCGACAAGUUCAAGAGUUGAAUAAUCAUUUUACUGAAGUGAAUAUUGAGUUGCUUCUUUGUGUAGCAUGCUUAAGUCUAAUAGACUCAUUUGCUUCAUUUGAUAAGGAAAAAUUGAUUCGUUUGGCUCAUUUUUAUCCUUCAGAUUUUUCUCCGGUUGAACUUUUGGCAUUGGAUAAUCAGCUUGAAAAUUACUUCAUGGAUAUAUGCUCUGAUUGUACAUUUUCAGAAUUGAGCGGAAUUAGUGAUCGUACUAUAAAGCUUGUGGAGACUAGGAAGCAUAUUGUGUAUCCAAUGGUAUAUUUGCUCAUAGAGUUAGCUUUGAUACUACCUGUAGCAACCACAACAGUUGAAAGCGCUUUCUCCGCUAUGAAUAUCAUCAAGAACCGGAUGAGAAAUCGUAUGGGAGAUGAAUGGUUAAAUGAUUGUUUAGUUACUUAUAUAGAGAAAGAUGUAUUUGAUAGUGUUGAGAAUGAAAAAAUUGUGCAGAGUUUUCAAAAUAUGAAAACUCGUAGGGAACAAUUAUGA